CGUCGUGCACGAAUGCUCUUGUGCCUCGUCGGGCUACCGCCAGCUUCACACGUCGGCGGCACGCAGGCCAUCACGUUGAACCCGAUUGACGGGUGGGCGGGAGUGUCCGGCACAGCGGCCGAGCAGCCGACGGCGAUGGGCGCGGGCCUCGUGCUGCGCGUCCCCAGCGCGCUCGAUAGUUUCAAGGGCCCUGCCGCCACCGCACGGUACGAGCUCGUCAGCCUCGCGGACACAUUCGGCCCGGCGCUCGCGGAGGUCUUCCAUGCGUCUGGGAGUUUCCGGACCGCCCUGAUCGGCUGCGCACGCGACGUGAAGGUCCUCUUCAAGAUCGGUACCUCGCUCGCGGACUCCGCGUCAGACGAGGAGGGCUGUCGCGGACGCCUAGGCGACGUGCUCAGGCAGCACGUCGGCGACAGGGCGCCCACCGCGGACGAGUUUGUAAGCUCGAUCAGCUCUCUCUGCGGAGACCACUGGGGAGGGUUCACGUCGUUCGAGAGCAAGCGGCCGCCGCCCGGGGCGCUGGAGUGGCACCAAGACUGGGCCGCUGCCGAUCUGCAGUACGCGUUUGGCGCCUGCCGGACGGUGAUGCUCGCCUUCCCUGCGGCCGGGGCAAGUGGUCACGACGUUCACGAGGGGGAGGGCAUCCUCACCGAGCUGGUCCAGCUGUCGCACGAGUUUUCAACGGAGUCGCUGAAGGCAAGGAACAGCUACCGCGGGCUCAGCACGGGUGAGCAGGACAGGAAGGCUGCAUCUGACCUCGGUGUGACCGAGGAGCACAUCGUGAGGCCUCGCUACUGCCGCGGGCAGGAGAUCCUGGUGUACAAGGACGCGGAGCAUCUCCACCGCAGCCCGAGGGCCACGUCAGACCCGGCCGGCCGUGCGAGGCAGGCGAUCUGGCGGUUUCAGUAAGAGCCUGCUAUGUACCUAUGAUCGAAUAGUAAGCGCAGCGCAGGGAGCGGGCUCGCUGCUCUGCUGAGCCUGAGUGUCUGCUGAGUGAAGUGCUAGUGAGUAGUGUGACUGCGGUGUGGACUCGGUUUUAUCUCUCGCGUCCGCUCGCACACACACGUCGUAUUCACAGCCAUAUUC